AUGGAAGAGGUCCAAGCUGAGUCCAGUAGCAAGCCAAAUGAGAAUUCCAAUCCAUGGAUAAAACAGUACUUCAACCACAAAUGCUUCAUCACCUUCCUGACUGGCUGCUACAGCUGCCAAUGGCAAUACAGAGAGUGGGAAAAAACUGAACUUGGAUCCUGUUGCUGCUCCCGGAAAGAGCAAUUUUUUUAUGUGUGCCUGGUAAUUGCAUUCAUCUUGUCUGUACUUUUUCUGUUCGUCUGGAUAGAAACCUCCAAUGAAUACAACAGCUUUGACUGGGUCGUUUAUCUAGGGACAGGUCGCUGGUUCUUUUGGUCCAUUUUCGUGCUGAGUGCAGCUGGGAUUCUGGCUGCCUACACCACCUUGCUUUUGUUGAUUGGGUUUCUGUUGCUCUGGGAAAGGAUUGAACUAAACCUGCAUAAAUCUCAUAAGGUCUUCAUUUGGAUAACCAUUAUUUUGUGCUCCUUCUUGCUCUGUGUUUUAAGCUAUUUCUGGAGAGACAAGUGGCUGAUAGCUGGGUUGUCACUGCAGAUCUUUGCUCCCUUCGUGCACCUGAGCCUCAUAACUGUGAUGAUUAUAAUUUCCUGGCCUCUAGCCAUCUGUGUGGCCCACUUGGAAUCAGAAGUUAGAAUAAGAAGAUACAGGAUGGCAGAUUACGAGCACGAAAUACUGGAGAGGUGUAAUAUAUUCAGAAGGUUAAGAGCUCUACAAAUAGCCGCUGGACUGUCCUUCCUGAUCAUUCUUUUAUGCCUUUAUUUGAUGCCACUGGGGAUUUAUUCUCCCUGCAUUCUGAAAAAGGAGGAUUUAGGCCCUAAGCCUUCCCUCUUUGGACAUAGAGGUGCACCCAUGUUGGCGCCAGAGAAUACCAUGAUGUCCUUUGAGAAGGCUAUUGAAUUUGAUGCUUUUGGCCUGGAGACAGAUGUAUACUUAAGUUGGGAUCAUGUGCCUUUCCUCAUGCAUGACUAUGACCUGACCAGAACAACCAAUAUCAAAGAGGUUCUUCCGUCAGCUGCUAACAACGUCACUUCCAACUUCUAUUGGACUUUACUGUCAACUCUGAAUGCUGGUGAAUGGUUCUUAAAGAAUAAGCCGUUUUAUGGCAUGAAACCUUUAUCAGAGGAUGACAAAAGAAGAGCAGCCAGCCAGUCAAUUCCACAGCUGACUGACUUAUUGAAACUUGCACAAAGGGAACAGAAGCUUGUGAUAUUUGAUCUUUUCGGCCCUCCACCAGGACAUCCUCUCAGAAACAGCUUUGUCCGAAGAGUAGUAAGGGUCAUCCUUGACUCUAAUAUUCAACAACAUCUGAUACUUUGGUUGACUGGUUUUGAUAGAGACUAUGUCAAGUACAUAGCUCCUGGUUUUCGGCACGUGGGUCGUUUAUGGUCCAUUACAGAGCUUACACAAAAGAAUAUUAGUAUAAUAAAUGUUGACUAUAAGAGAUUGUUCUACACUGGGAUGAGACAUUAUAAGGAAGCUAAAAUCUUCAUCAAUGUCUAUGUUAUCAACGAGCCUUGGCUCUUCUCACUGGCCUGGUGUUCUCGUAUCAACUCUGUGACCACAGACAACAUUGAGCUCCUGCAUCAGCUCACUCACCCUCUCUUCUUCAUGACACCAGGAUACUACAUGGUCAUCUGGCUUUUCCUGGAUCUUGCUUCUGCAUUUAUCAUUACGUUUGUGUUUUGUUAUCACUGGAUAAAAGAGCUUAGAAAAGAAAGGUGGCUUGAAGCUCCUGCAUCAGCAGAUUUACUUCAUCCAGAUAAUAUAACAGACAUAGUAGAGAAUACAGAUGUCUCUCAGCAGAAGCCAGAGGUGGCCCCUUAG